AGCGGGACGAGGGCGCGCGCGCUUUCGGUGUCGGUGUAUCGCUCCUCGGUUCCCCGGUAAAUUCACACUUUUAUUCAUUCUCGACUUUAUCCCGAAUCAGAACAUCAAACAGGUACCAAGUUCCCGAAUCGGGUUCCUCUGUGGUGCAUCCGGUGUCGGAGAUUUUUUUUCUCUUUCUUUUUCUUUCUUUUUUGGAAACGAAUUCCUGGCGCCCGUAAGGAUCACGACACUUGACAGGAGGAUCGUCCAUGAUGACGGGCAUCGCAUCUGCCUCGGUGAGAGAUUUCAGAGUUUAUGGGCGAUUCAGGGAUGCCGAGAGAGACAGGUCUGAAAACACAUUGCAGCCAGAGUCAGACCAGAACCUCACACCCCCUAAGAGUUCACCUUUGGACCUGAUUGACACGGGGAAAGGACUGAAGCUUCAGAGUACCGCGCCCCACCUGGUCAGUCUGGGGAGCGGCCGGCUGAGUGUGGCCAUCACCGUACUCCCUCUGAAGGAAGGAAUCACACGUAUCGGCCGCGAUGAUGCCGCCGUGCCGCAGGAUAUUACCAUCCAGGGUCCUGGCGUCGAAGCUGAGCACUGCGUUAUCGAGAACAGAGAUGGGGUCGUGACUCUGGACCCCUGCGGACAUCUGUGUUCACUCGAUGGAGUUCCUGUGACCACACCCACCCAGCUCACACAAGGUUAUUCUCUGUGUUUGGGUCAAUCCUACUUCUUCCGUUUUAACCACCCAGAAGAGGCCAGUCGGAUGAAGAGCAUGCUUCCUCAGAAGAGUCCUGUGUCCCCGCUGGUUUACAGCACAGAUUAUAUGAAGUUCAGUAGCGAUUUCAGUCCCAGUGUAGGUGGACCAAGUUCGAGAGGGGUGCGGUCCGUCUCCGAGCUGCGGGAAUUAAUGGACACCUUACAGAGGAAAAAACAAGCACUGGAGAACAGCCUGCGGACCAAUGGGGACAGUAGCCCCUCCUACUUUAGCAUGACCCAGUCCCCACCCUCGACGCCCAACUCCUUGUCACCCAUAAUCUUAUCAAGCCCAGUAUCUUCCUAUCAGGACCAUGCAAGACGACUCUACACAUCUGACCGCCCUCCUCUUUUGGGUAAAGUCCCUGCCCAGUUGUCUAACAGUGUACCCCCCUCGCCGAGACGCAGUGAUCAGCGGGAAUACAACUCCUCAUUUCCUCCUUCGCGACCAAUGACUCGGAACCAGUCCCAGGAUAGCCUCCUUGCUUCUUCAGAUGGUAGGCGUGGCCAAACAUCAAGUUCUUUCCUGUCUAUGUGGAAUGGCUCUGCCUCUACAGCAAGUGAUGCCCUUCCACCAACUCCAGGAAGUGGAGCAGCCAGCAUGCCAUCUAGUCCACGAUUAGCACGCAGGCUACUGCCUGAGGAAGCAGGACGCCCGAUUCCAGUACCACGCCAAAGGAAGUACUCAGCUGGUUCUCUGACAGGAAUGGGCAUACCCGCUCACAGCCGCUCCCUACCCCGUCUUUACCGCCCUGGGGAGUCCCAGCUUGCACCUUUCACUCUACCAUGGCCCCGGUCUUCACCCACCCCUGAGUCCAGUCACCAAAACGGGCAUUCUGAAGUGGUCUCCAUCUCCUUGUCCACUAGGUCCAUUUCCAAACAAGUACCCACACGUACAGAUAUGACCGUGCCCUCAGAUGCUGCAACCAGCCCACGUCAGGCCAAGAAAGUGAGCCUGACCUCCAGCAGCUCUUAUUCGGAUUUAGAGAAGCAGGCAGUGUGCACGUCCUCACCAGCCUUGGAGGUGGGUCUGGGCGAGAGGAGGCAGUCAUUCGGGAAAGCCGGGAUUGGUCCACAGGGUGGAUUCCGUGAGAGGAAGGGCAGCAUCAGCUCUCUGAGUGGGAAAGAAGAGCUCCAGGAUUAUCACCAGAGACAGAGAGAUGAGAGACUUCGAGAGCAGGAGGUGGAGAGACUGGAGCGUCAACGUCUGGAAACCAUCCUGAGUCUGUGCUUGGAACGGGAUCAGAGUGGCUCAGCCGUGGCAGACCUCCAGAAGAUCAAUAAGGAGCUGGAGAAGCUACAGGUGACUGAGGAUGAGUCUAUAUUUUCCGAUUCGGCAGAGAACGGAUAUGUCUCCGGGGCUUUGGCGUGCCAGGUCAGCGAGGAGCGCCAAGUUCGUCAGCGUCGUUCCAGCGGGCAGCGAGAUAUCAGGGUGGAGUCACCUGCUGGGAGUCUUCACAGCUCUGCCUCCAACCCAUCCCCUCGACAGGCACGGAAUACCAAGCAGGCACCUGAGGAGGAGGAAGUGCGGCUGAAGCAGGAAGUGACGCGUAUCGAAGAGGAGAGGAUCCAGGUGCUGAACAACAUGGAGGAGCUGGAACAGAAGAUCAAAGAGCUGGAUAACCAGAUGGACGAAUCAGUCCAAGAGCUGGAGGUGGAACGCGCUCUGUUAGAAGGUGAGCAGGAGUCUGAAGCGGCUCAGCUGCAGCAGGAGAAGGAAGCUCUGGAGCAGCUGAAGGACAAGAUGGCUGACAUGGAGAUGAAGGUGCAGGCGGAAAAGUCACAGGACAAAGCUGAGCUCGAUGCUGAGCGGGUAAAGCUCGAGCGUCUGGCCGAAGUGCUGUCCGAGCAGCGCGCUCAGCUCCACACGUGUCCCGAAGCCCUGAAAGAGCAGCUCAUCCUCCAGCUGUCCAGGGACACUGAGACACUGGAGGUGGAGACGAAGCGCUUCGAGGACCUGGAGUUCCAGCAGCUGGAGCGAGAAAGCCGUCAGGACGAGGAGAAAGAGACGCAGACGCAGCAGAUCCUCCGAGAGAUCGCAGAAUACCAGCGCAGCACCGUCACACGCAAGGAGAAGUUGCUCACGCUGAAGAAACAGUCCACACAGAUCAUCCAGCAGGCCCAAAAGGAGAAGGAGAGCUUCCUGAAGGAGAAGAACAACCUACAGAUGAUGCUUCAGCGGGAAAAGGAGAAUCUCAACAACCUGGAGAAGAAAUAUGGCGAGCUCACAGGGGGGCGGGGCUUCCCCGUCAACCCACUCAGCAUGAAGGAGGGUUAUGUCACAGUGAAUGAGAUCAAUGAACUCUAUGCGAAAUUGGGGGUACAGCCAAGCCCCGCCCCCUUCAACCUCAAUGUCCUUGAACAUCCCGGCUCUGGGUCCGAACCCAGCCCUAGUCCCGAAGACGCCAGAGCUCCUUCAGGAGAGGACGAGCAUUUCCGAAGCCUGGAGGAAAGGAAAAGAUUAGGUAAAGAGGGUCACAUGUGUGACACACUGCCUCGGAAAAAGUCCCAGGCUGCAGUGAGCUCUCAGUUCAACUGUGCUACGCUGGGCCGCAACACACCUCCUAAAUCUCAUCUGCCUUUAGUCCAGAGCUCCAGCUGCGGCAGCGUCUUAAACCGAGUUCUCACAGUGUCUCCUAAAGACCCAGACGCGCGCCGUCUGCACAAGGGUCACAGUCAGCAGCUGGUGGGCGAGGAUCAGCGAUCGAGACUGACUGAGCUCGGGGGUCGCGCCGCCUCUCAGUCCAACGUCUACCUGGACUCGAUGGGUUACCGUGACAACGGCUUUGACACGUUCAGUGUGGACAGCUCAGACAGCAUGGAGACCAGCAUCUCCGCCUGCUCGCCUGACAACGUCUCCAGCGCCAGCACCUCCAAUGUAGCAAAGAUCGAGGAGAUGGAGCGGCUCCUGAGAGAGGCUCAGGCUGAGAAACAUCGGCUCCUGGAGCACAGGGAACGAGAGAUGGAGGUACGGCGUCAAGCUCUGGAGGAGGAGCGCAGGAGGAGAGAAGAGCUGGAGAAACGACUGCAGGAGGAAACGAGUCGACGACAAAAACUCAUCGAGAGGGAGGUGAAGCUACGAGAGAAACAGAGAGCUCAGUCUCGCCCGCUGACCCGCUACCUGCCCGUGAGGAAGGACGACUUCGACCUGCGUGGCCACAUCGAAUCCGCCGGACACAACAUUGAGACUUGCUACCACAUCUCAAUCACGGAGAAAACGUGUCGCGGCUUCCUCAUCAAGAUGGGAGGAAAGAUCAAGACAUGGAAGAAGCGCUGGUUCGUCUUCGACCGUAACCGCAGGACGCUGUCUUACUACGCAGAUAAACACGAGGCGAAGCUGAAAGGAGUGAUCUACUUCCAGGCCAUAGAAGAAGUCUAUUACGAUCAUUUAAAGAAUGCACACAAGAGCCCGAAUCCAUCCUUAACGUUUAGCGUAAAGACGCACGAUCGUGUGUACUACAUGGUGGCUCCGUCACCCGAGGCCAUGCGGAUCUGGAUGGACGUCAUCGUCACAGGAGCGGAGGGAUACACACAGUUCAUGAUUUAGAUGUGUGCUGUGAUUUCAGCCUGUGUGUGUGUGUGUGUGUGUGUGUGUGUGUGUGUGUGUGUGUGUGUGUCUUAAAGACUAAAACCUUUGUCAGCGUUCUUGUUGUUUUCGUGUUGACGGAUCAUGUGACCAGUAUCACAUCCCAGCGUAAACCCAUGUGCAGUGUAAAGGUUUCAUCCAGCUGUUUUGAUGUUGUUGUUUUGGAGCUGGUUAUCUAAAGUGCCUUCAGAUUUCUGAUAUGUUGGUCACAUCACCCAAAAUGAAGGACUCUGAUUGGUUGUGACAUCACACACAUGACCAAACGUGUAAAUCACGUUGUGUUUCAUGUGGAAUUAAUUGUGUGUGUGUAUGCUGAUCCUCAGGGAUGCACAGGUCAACAACAUUAAAGGUGCAGUCUGUAAUUCAAAAGUGUCUUAAACCCUGCUAUAAUUUAGAUACGUUAGAAAAGUUGUUUGUAAUAUUUCUAGCUAUAUGGCUAGCUUAUUGAUUUCAGCCUUGGAAAUUAGCUCCACCUAUGAGUCCAAAUAUACAUGUUUAGCUCCACCCCUUUUCCCUAAAAGGCAACACUCAAAGUAUACCCAUUUAAAGGAAGUGAAUAAAUCAUUUCUUAAUACUUUCACUGCAAUUGCAGAUCAUCUUUCAGCCAGCAGGAGGCGCUAAAAAAAUUCCAGCCUGCACCUUUAACGGUGUUGUUGUUUUUUUUUGUUUUUUUUUUUCAUACCAAAGAAUUCAUGUAGAAUUACACACAAUAUAGUGUGAGUACAGAUAUAUUUCCGGCGUGUACAUCAGAAUUGAGACUAUAGUUUUAGUUUUGUAAUCUUCACAUUAAUGAACGGUGCUAAAAGUUGUAUGCUUUCAUUUUUUGAUUAUUUUUUGUUAGGUUAUGUUGGCAAAUGUUCUUGAAAUUCAAGAACAUUUCACUUGAUAUUUUAGAAAAUUAGAACCAUUUUAUCAUGCCAAUAUUGGAAUUAAUGAGUAUGCAAGAUCGGUCACUGUGGUCAGAAACCACGUUUUAACACUUUACAAAUAUAAUCUUUUAACCAUAAGGAGAAUUAGUUCUAUAUCCCAGUUGCUCUAGUACAGUGUAUAUUACUUUCUCUGUGUAUGUUUUAUAUAUUUGAAAAUGAAAGAUAUUAGAAAAUGCCAUCUAAAGUGUUUAAGGUUCAUUUUAAUGCUCACAGUUCAGCUUUGACCUGCCUCCCUGCUGCAGAAAAAGAAACACUUUCGAUAAAAAAAUGGACUAAUGGUUUCUGUUCGAUGUAAAAAUAAUUACAUACUGAUGGAGAAAAUGUUUAAUCGAAGCCAUUAAGCUGUUUUCCAUUAGAAUUUUUUUUUUAGAUGGUUCAUAAAACUGAAAACUCUUCAUUCUUCAUAUCACCAGCAGGGGGCAGUAAGAGUCUGAGCCACUCCAAUGAUGGGUUAUUAAUAAUAAUAAUAAUAAUAAUAAUAAUAAUAAUCCUCUGAAUGCUUUGCUCUGCUGUAUAUUUCACUAAACCAAUUGAAUUUUCUUAUUUUUAAUUGUUAUUUAUGUUGUUAUUCUGCAUGCACCUGUAUUUUUGCAUUAAAAACAAUAAAAUCAGGACACAAAGACAA